GUCCCGGAUAAAGCUGCCACACACAGUUGUUUCGUUAAAAAGCAGGUGCCGUAGAGUGUUGAUUUAUCUUCCCACUGGUAUCUCCGGAGUCAUGCUGAGAAAAACUGCACCCAGCCUCUAAAAAAAGGUGGUGUUAUGCUACAGACCAGCACAGGGGGUGAUUCUGCGAGGGGCCGGAUGGACUGAUUUGACACACACUUGGAAUUAGAUGCUUGUGUCCCAGUUAGGGGUCUUUUGGUGUCCAAUUGAUACCAUGAUCUGAACUUGCUGAUACAGUCCCUCUAAUCUGUGUCUGCGUUAUCCAGUAAUUUGGCAUCGGAGGACAAGAAAUGGCCAUGCAAGAAGACCUAGCCUGUAAGGGACUCAAGAAAAUGCAUGAGUGAAAACGGUGUGAUUUGAAUGGACUGGAAUGGGUGGAACAGCUGGGAGACGCCAUUUCCCGACAUGGUCAGAUAGCGUCCUGUUUAAGACAGUCCUCCUGCUUAUCAUCUGUGUGCAAGUGGAUGCUCAAUGUAAAAUCGUUAAAUGCAAUUCAGAAUACCUCUCCGCCACCUUUAACCUGAGGGUCUCUAACAGAAAUGCUGCGUACUGUGAUGCCCUACGUUCCUACUCUCAAUGCACACGGAACACUGCCCGUACAUGUCGAGGCGACCUGGUCUACCACUCUGCAGUGCACAUCAUCGAGGACCUCAUGAUCCAGCACAACUGCUCCAAAGAGGGGCUUACCACCCCUCCCAGGCGGCAACCCCCACAGUCGCUCCCUGAAAACCCUGGGAAACAGGCAUGUGACUAUGAGAAGAUUUUCCGAGAGAAGCAUGGGAAAGUCCCAAAGUAUCUUCACUGUGCGGUGUUCGGGGACCCACAUGUACGCACAUUUAGUGGGGACUUCCAGACAUGUAGAGUAAAUGGGUCAUGGCCUCUUUUGGACAAUGAUUACCUGUUUGUUCAAGCCACCACCACGCCACUCACCAGCUUGUCCAAUGCCACUGUAACAAGCAAGCUGACGAUCAUUUUCAAGAGUAUGAAGCAAUGCAUCGAACAGAAGGUCUACCAGGCAGAGGUGGGCAACCUGCCAGCGGCAUUUGAUGAUGGAUCAGUCAACGGAGGCAGAAGAGCUGGUGGGAAAAGUCUUACCAUCCAGGAGAGGGAGUCUGGGAGCUACAUCGAGAUCCAGGCCUCGUACAUUGGCACCACGAUUCGCGUACGGCAAUUAGCAAAUCAACUUUCUUUUUCUGUACGCAUAGCUGAGGAGAUCUCUCAAGCUUUCCUCGAGGAGCAGGAUUUACAGCUGUGUGUUGGGGGCUGCCCAGCGAGUCAGUGGUUAUCCAGGACUAAGGACGUUGGGCGACCAUCUUCCAAGAGCAUGGAAACGGCCAAAUCCCUGUGCAGGGAGAAGUUACCCGUAGAGGACGUGUAUUUUCAGUCAUGCGUGUUCGAUUUGCUGGUGUCAGGAAACACUAACUUGACAAACGCCGCUUAUCAUGCUUUGGAGGACGCUAAAGAUUUUCACCCUGAACCAGGAACAUUACAUAUCUUCAGUGGGGCAGUGGAGCACCCCCACCUGAAGCAAACAAUACUUCUGAUCUGUUUAAUUAUCGCUGUGUGGAUUCUUUAGCUUUGGGCUGCCACUUGCCUUGUUGGUGUGUGGAAAAGAAGCAGCCAUACUAAAUGUGAAUUUAAGAGAUACAGAGAAAUGUGGUGGGUUUUCAGUGGCAUUUAUUCACUAUAGAGGGAGUUGGCAGGAGAAUUUGUAGGAAAGUUUCGGUAGGAAGUCCCUAAAUUCACUUAUAAAGGUCCAUCUCGCAAAUUCUCUGUAAGAAGGGCUGAGCUGGCCAUGUAUAAAGUAUAGUUGAAUCAGUGACACGAAUUUCAAGGAAUCUCACUGAUUUAAAUAACCUCAUACAGGGUCCGCCAUGGUCUUCUUGCAGCAGAAGAUCACUGGGGUUGGAACUUUAUAAUGCAUCGUUACAUGAAACUGCAACUCUCCUGCCAGCUCCUUCUAUAGUGACUAGGGAAAAAGGGGACGCACUAAUGCUAAAAGGUUGGAGUGGUGUCACUUUAGUGACUGAAAGAUUUACAACCUUGAGUACAUAUGGCCUGUAGAGUAGAAUCUCUCCAGUGUAUCAAGCAUCCCUCCCCAAACCAAUGUCUCCUUUUGUAACCUACCCUUGUUUAUGUAUACAUAAUAAUAAGAAAAAUAUGAACAUUGCUAUAUUACAUUUGUUGUGAUACUACAAGCCUAUAUUCAAUUUUUCCAGUAGCUCAGAGUGGGCCUGUGAAAUUACAUUAAUAGGAAACUAAUUAAUAGUGAAUCUGCUGCGUUUUGUUUUUAAAGUACAGCAAAGACAUUUGCUACAGAAAGGGAGGAUCUCACAUGUCAUUUGUCUUGAGUUGAUGAGUGAGGGUCUCAGUGUUCCAAACAGCUGAGACAGUUGCCAAAGCCAUAAGGACUGGCGGGAUUGUAACAGGCCAAAACGCAUUGGGAAUCGUAUAAAAUACUGAUUCAUGUGUCUGGGUAGUUACAGUCAUAUGUGGACAAUGACACCAAAUCGCUACAAAGAUUUUUAGUUAACAACGACCAUUCUAGAGUGCUUGUUAUACCACAACGUUCCACAAGAGGGCGCUAUACAUUACAUGACAACCACAAUGUAUCCCACUGUACUAUAUCUCCCCCAUAUAGUGUUUAUUUUAAAUACUGGAAAUCAACCACUGUAAUUAAAAUGUUACAAUGCUAAUAUUAUAUAAAUAUUUAAUAUAUAUAGAAUGAAUUAUUUAAAAUGCUUUCUAUUUUUUUAUUUUGUUGGUUUUUUUAAACUAAGAUGAUAUAUUACGUGGUGUUGGAAGAUUUAUGGUGUUUCUUCUGUAAAUGCUUUUACCAGCGAUCACUUUGGAUUAAAACGGUGACCCAGUAACAA